AUGGAAAUUGACAAUUACUAUGAUUACAUUGAUUUAGAAUCCAUUGAUAACUCGUUAAUAUGUAAUAAAUGUAGCAUGCCCUUAACUGAGCCAGUCAUUAGUCUAUGUCAUCAUACAUUUUGUCGACAAUGCGUAGAAACACCAUUCGAUGAUGACCACUUACACUGUUCGUCAUGUAAUGAAUCAUACUUAACGAAGCAUCUCAUACCCGUAAUGGACUCGUCUAUUCUUGCGGCACUCGACCAAAUUCCAGUUAGAUGUAAAUUAUGCAAUGAAAGUAAUAUACAGCGUGGUAAUUUUCAAAAUCAUAUUAAUAAAAUGUGUCGCAAAGCUAUUGUCAGUUGUCCACGUAGAGACAAAAGUUGUCCUUGGAUCGGAUUACGUGAAGAACUUCGAACUCAUUUAAUUCCGUGUGCAUCAGAAUCCUUAACAUUGAAUACCGAAACUCACGAAAGUAUUGACGAUACCUGUGAUAUAUAUGGUGUUCUAGAAGAAAGUCAUGGAGAAUUUCUUCCUCAUUCAAAUGUCAAUUUACUACGACGAAAUUUUCAAAAUCAAGAUAUAGCUAUUGCAGUCAAAGCCUUACUUAUUAAUAAAAGAUGUACAUAUCUUGAUUUAUUCAAUAGAGGAAUUACAUCAGAAGGUGCUUCGAUAAUUGCUUCCGCGUUAUAUGAUGAUAAAUUAUUGGAAACGUUAGGAUUUCGAAAUAAUCUUAUAUGUGAUUCCGGUGUGCAACAUCUUGCUCAUGCUCUUAUGGCAAAUUCAUAUCUUCAACGACUUGAUCUCAAUAAUAAUUCUAUUACUGAUACAGGUGUUCGACUAUUAGCUGACAUGUUGAGAACAAAUAAAACAUUAAUUAAAUUAACAUUAUCCUACAAUCGAAUUGGUAACGAAGGAAUGGAUAUAUUAGCUGAUCUACUCAUUAAUUAUAAUUCAACUCUUCAAUGGUUAAGUUUAACAGGAAAUUCAGAAAUCAAUGAUUCAUCUUCUCAUUCGAUUACUAAUCUAGUACGGCACAAUCAAUCAUUGACAACUUUUAAUCUAGAAGACUGUGGUCUUUCAUGGUGGAGUAAAGCUCAAAUUUAUUUCUAUCAAACAAUAUAUUUCAAGUCCGCUUUGGAUCUAUUAUUAUAA